AUGCCGGCAAGGUGCAAGGAGGAGGAGUUCCGGACGUUCCUGCGUUCGUUUACCAGCGCGACCUUCGACCUCAAGAUGCCCCGAAGCAGGGGUGGCACCUGCAACCGGGGUAAGGGCUACUGCUUCAUCACUUUCGCAGAUGCCGAGAGCCUUCGCGUGCUUCUACCCCUGCUUUGGCAGCAGCCGAUACCAACCAGGAACCCUCGACCACUCAAGCUUCUGCCCCUGAGCGUGGGCGAUGUGGACGAGGAGGUUGCAUACGUGGAGCUCUGGACCGACCAGUUCGGGCUUCAUCCAAGCAGCGCGCUUUGGCGUGGCGUGCGGAGGCUGCUCGUGAAGAACAUCCCAGCAAGGUGCAAGGAUGACGAGUUCCACAUGUUCCUACGCACCUGGACCACCGCAACGUUCGACCUCAAGAUGCCCAGAAGCAAAGGUGGCACUUGUAAAGGCUAUUGCUUCAUCACUUUCGCUGAUGCCGAGAGCCUUUGUAAUCUCCUGCCCCUUCUUUGGCAGCAGUCGAUACCAACCAGGAAUUUUCGACCGCUCAAGCUUCUGCCCUUGAGUGUGGAUGAUGACGAGGACGAGGACGAGGACGAAGCCGCCGUGGGCAGUGAACUUUUGACAUGGCAAUAG